AUGGUGCCCAAGGGCAUUGUGCUCACGCCGGACUCGGACGGGUAUGAGGCGAGUCUUCAGAGAUGGAGUCAGACUUGUGUGAAGCGUGCUGCUGUCGUAGUCAAGCCGACCAACGCCAACGAGGUGUCGGCCGCCGUUACGUUCGCCACGUCGCACAAGCUGCCUUUUGCGGUCAAGGGGGGCGGCCACGCUACGAGCGGCGUAUCGGCGUGCGAGGACGGGAUGGCGAUUGACCUGGACCUGCUGCGCGGCGUCUCUGUCGACCCUGAGACCAAGCUCGUCUCGAUUGGCGGCGGGUGCCGGUGGACUGACGUCAACGAGGAGCUGUGGAAGCACGGGCUGGCGACGGUGGGCGGGACGGUGGCGGAUACUGGAGUCGGAGGGCUGAUCCUGGGAGGCGGGAUGGGGUUCCUGACGCCGCAGUACGGGUUGUGCACGGACUUGCUGGUCGAGGCCGAGGUGGUGACGGCGGACGGCAAGAUCCGGGUCGUCUCUGACAAGGACGGGGUGAGCGAGGAGGACAAGGACCUGUUCUGGGCGCUGCGCGGGGCCGGGCAGAACUUUGGGGUGGUGACGCGGUUCACGACGCAGGCGUUUCCGCAGGGCCAUGUGUACAGCGGGAGCGUGGUGGUGGGCCUGGACCAGCUGGACGCGGUGGUCGACUUCAGCAAUGUCAUGAUUGAGCGGCAGGACGAGCGGAGCACGCUGGUGUUUGCAGUGACACACCUGCCGCACGGGGAGGAGCUGGUGGCGGGAGUCCUGUGCAUCGUCUUCUACAACGGGAGCGAGGAGGAGGGCCGGCGGUUCUUUGCGCCGCUGCUGGCGGUGGCGACGGUCGACAUGACCAAGGAGAUGCCGUGGCCCGAAACCAAUGUGCAGCUGGGCCAGGUGGGCGAGGAGUCAAAGUGGCGGCGGCUCCAGGGCGGCUCGACGUUUGUGCCUCCCCUCCAGGCCGACACGGUGCGCAAGGCCGUGGUCGACGAGUUCCUGCCCUUUGCAGCGAGCCAGCCGGGCAUGAAGAACCCAAUCACCAUGAUCCUCUACGAGAUCCUGCCCAACAAAAAGGUGCGCAGCGUCCCGCACACGGCCACGGCCUUCGCCGCCAGAGACAACAUCUACCACAUCAGCACCCUCUUCCAGUGGGAGGACCCGGCCCUCGACAUGACGGUCCGCCACUUCAACCGCAAGAUGAUCCGCAUGCUCAGGGAGCUCGGCGGCAUCAAGGACGGCGUCACCCAGUACAACAACUACGACACGGCAGGGCCCAUCUCCCCCGAGCACGUCUUCGGCGUCAACCUCGAGAGGCUGCGCGCCAUCAAGGCCCGGCUCGACCCAGACAAUGUCUUCUUCAAGUGGCUCUCGCUCUAUCCAAGGCCUGCCGCCCCGGGGGACGACGAACAGCCGCUAUGA